UUGUGCUGCUGCGAUCACAGAGCCACCUCGUCUGCUCCUCUACCUCAAAUGUAAAAAGGUGCAGGGGCAGCACAGCACCAUGGGGAGGCUGCUCACAAUAACCCUUGUUGGGGCGCUCCUGGCUCUCCUGGGGGAAAGGAUCGUGAAUUUCAGUCAUAGAACCAGAUUCUUCAAAGAAGUAGAGCCCAUAGACCUCCCAAACUGUCAGCUCUUAAAAGGGAUAGAGUUUGGUUCUGAAGAUAUUGAUGUUCUUCCUAAUGGUUUGGCCUUUAUAAGUACUGGUCUGAAGUUUCCUGGCUUGAAGGCCUUUGCACCUGACAAACCUGGACAAAUCAUGCUUUUAGACCUGAACGAUGGCGACCUCAGCCCGUCUCCUCUGUCCUUCAGUGAAGGGUUUGACUCGUCCUCCUUCAACCCUCAUGGGUUGAGCACCUACAUUGAUGAGAAGGAUGAUGCGGUCUAUCUCUUUGUGGUGAAUCAUCCUCACUUACAAUCCAUUAUUGAGAUUUUUAGAUUCGUAGAGGAAGAAAAUUCUCUUAUCCAUCUGAAAUCAAUCAAACAUGAACUUCUCAACAGUGUUAAUGAUAUAAUCGCUGUUGGACCUGAGAGCUUCUACGCCACCAACGACUAUUAUUUCUCCAAUUUGCUCAUGAAAGUUGCAGAGGUUUUAAUUGGAUUAUCUUGGACAGGCGUUGUGUAUUACAGUCCUGGAGAUGUCAGACACGUGGCCACAGGAUUUUACAGUGGCAAUGGGAUCACCAUUUCUAAUGACAAACAAUAUAUCUAUGCUGCCGAUGCCACAGGUCAUACAAUUAAUGUCUUUAAAAGGAAUAAAGAUUGGUCACUGUCCCCAGUAAAGGUGGUAGAUCUUGAUACAAUUGUGGAUAACCUGUCGGUGGAUCCAGUCACCGGCGACAUCUGGACGGGGGCUCAUCCGAACGGAUACAAAUUCUUAGUGUACAAAGAAGACGAUCCGCCAUGCUCGGAGGUGGUCCGUGUACAGAAUAUUCUCUCCAAUAACCCCAUCAUCACCAAAGUCUAUGUGGACAAUGGCUCAGUGAUUCAGGGCUCCUCCUGUGCAUCCGUAUACAAGGGGCAGCUACUGGUGGGUACAGUAUACCAUCGAGCCCUGCACUGCCAGCUGGAGUGAUGCUCCUUACACCUUUCGGAUGAUGAAAUGCUACUACCACUGGAUUCCAGUAUUACAAACUUUUGUAAAAU